AUGACGACCGCCAUUAUCAGAUCCAUAUCCUCGAAAAGGAACACAAAGCCCUUCAAGGGCGGGACAGUACAUGUCAAUCCGGCUACUCUUUAUGCGCUGCUUCCGUCGGCGGCGAUUGCUGCCCUGACGGAUAUGCCUGCGAAGCAACAUACUGUUACGCGACGACCGCUGGCCCGACUUCGGCUUGCUCCAAGGCGAACUACUAUAAUUGCCCGUCUGAUCCAGGAUCGUGUUGUCAACACCCAGUACCUACGCAAUAUCAGCUACAAUUACGACGACGGACUCGGCAGGGAGCACGAUCACGCCCUUCACAACCUGGACGACCGUAGAAACCCCGUCUGCUACGAUUUCGAAAUCGACCCCGGCCGCGGUACCGAAACUGGUAGAAACGACAAUAUCGAAAAUACCCGCAAUACAGACUACGACGAGCGGCGCCCAUUUAUCAUCAUCAGGCGUCUUAGAAGGACUGCCCAGAUCGUACAGGAGUCUAAACGGGGUUCUUCGACGGCGAAUCAGACUACGACGUCUGCUAAGCCUGGCUAUGCAACAGCAACGGUCACCGAGGUUGAUGCCCAAGAAAUAGAUCCCCUCAGUAUCCGACCUUCUCACCUCAGAGCACAGUCGGACCCAAGCGUCGACGGAAGAGGGAGGCAUUACUCGCCGGCCCGGAGUCCUGGUUUGAGUUCUGGUCGAUCAACACCGCCUGCGUGGCCCGGUCAAUACAACCCGGUGCCACAUAAUGAGGAGGGCGCUCGUCACCCAAGCAUAGACUCGGCAAAUGGAGGUUACUACGAUGCCGGGCGUGUUUCACAAAUGUCGCAGCGGACGGUACAGCGGUCCAGUUAUGACUCCGAGAUGUCGCAGUCUCGAAACAGGCAUUGGAGCAAUGCCAGCGAACUAGACGGUGCCCAUGGGCUGUCGGAGCUCGAUACCAGCGAAGCUGGAGGCAGGCGGCGUUCCAGUAGCGGUGCGGGAAGACCGUCCCUCGCCCACGGUCGCAGAAGCAGCGAUCCUCACCAGCGCGGACGCAGUGAUAGUUCAACUCCUGGGAUUGCACCACUGGGCACCGUCUCCGAAGCCAACGAGCUCCAUGGUUACUAUGGGCCACCUGACCGUCAAGUCGGACAGACUGCAGCGCGGGUCCAACCUGGGCCGUCAACCACUCCGCCUGGAACAGCAAACUAA